AUGACUGAUGAACUUUGGCUAGUAAAAACAGGAAUCCCUCUCAACAAGGUGGAUGAACCACCAUGGCAACUACAUGCACCAGGAAUACCCCACAAAGUGAAGGCAGACAGUCCGGACACUUUGCCAGAGGAGGUCAGAUUCUCAUUCACCAAGACAACUGAAUUCGAGUUCACUCGAUUAUCUGCAGUCCUUGAGCUGAAGCUAAAAGGUCUUGUUGAACGGACAGAGCCAUGGACUAAUUUUGAGCAACUUGAUCAUGUUUUUGCUGAACGAAGGACAGCGACCUAUGAAUAUGUUCGGCAACACUGGAGAGAGGAUGAGUUUUUUGGCUACCAGCUUCUGAAUGGCAUGAACCCCAUGAUGAUCCACAAAUGCUCAGAGUUGCCCAAAAAGUUCCCCGUCACUGAUGACAUGGUCAAAGCCUUUUUACCAUCUGGGAGCAACUUAAAGAAUGAGAUGAAGCGUGGCAACAUCUUCCUCUGUGACUACAAGCGGCUGGAUGGUCUAUCUGGAAAUGUCAUUAAUAAGAAACAACAAUACCUGACGGCUCCCAUGUGCCUGCUCUUCAGUAACCCUGAGGGCAAGCUACUGCCCAUUGCCAUACAGCUGAAGCAGGAGCCAGGAGAGGAGAACCCCAUCUUUCUCCCCUCAGACUCUGAAUCUGAUUGGCUACUCGCCAAGUCUUUUGUGCGGAACGCCGAAUUCAGUGAGCAUGAGCUGAACUUCCAUCUGCUACGCACUCACCUGAUGGCAGAGGUCUUUACUAUAGCAAUCUUGCGCAACAUACCCACAGUGCACCCUCUGUUCAAGCUCCUGAUACCCCAUUGCCGCUACACACUCCAGAUCAACAUCAUGGCUCGAGCAUUGCUGGUCUCAGAGGAUGGGGUUUUUGCUAAGUACACUGCAAUAGGGAUGGAGGGGACAGUGAAGUUACUGAAGAGAGCAGCCUCCUCCCUGACCUACAGCUCCCUGUGUCUGCCUGAUGACAUCAAGGCUCGUGGUGUGGAGGACAUUCCAAACUACUACUACAGAGAUGACGGCCUCAAGCUGUGGAACAUCAUCAACAAGUAUGUUGAUGGUGUGGUGAGAUACUACUACACCUCAGAUGAUGAUGUCAUUAAAGACACUGAGCUGCAAAACUGGAUUGGAGAGAUACAUAAGAAAGGCUUCCUGGAGAAAACUGAGCAAGGGAUAUCAUCAUUCAAGAGUGUCGAUGAACUCAUCAAGUUUGUCACCAUGGUGAUCUUCACUGCAUCAGCACAACAUGCUGCCAUCAACAAUGGACAGUUUGACUUUGGUGGAUGGAUGCCCAAUCUGCCCAGUACCCUAAGAUGUCCUCCUCCCACCAAAAAAGGAAGCUCAACAGAGGGCUCCAUUUUGGACACACUGCCAGAGAUCAGCACUACAGUCAACAUAAUGGCUGCACUCUAUGUCCUGAGCAAGACCUCUUCAGAUCGUUAUCCACUUGGAUAUUACCCAGAGGAGCUGUUCAAUGAAAAGACGCCCCUCAAAAUGAUUGACAAGUUUCAAGAGGACCUGAUGUCUCUCUCCAAAGAAAUUGAUAAGAGGAACCGGGAUCUUCCACUGCCAUACAUUUACUUAGACCCUAAGCAGUUGGAUAACAGUAUUGCCAUCUAA